AUGUCUCACGUGAGUGAUUCCUUGAUACCGACAUCUAACAGUUCUUCAGUAACACCUUUGACCAGAUCAGACUCCCUGAAACACACAAGCAACAAACGUGGAGUCAUCACCAAAGAAAAACUAUUUGCACACUCGCUGUACGCUGAUGACAUCGACUUUAUUAGGGACCAAAACAGUUACAUGCGCGAGGCCGGGGCCCAAAGUAUCCCCCAGUCUCUGCCUGAAGACACCUUCAUUGCACCUACCUCGAUUGCUGGAUACAAGAUCUUGGAUCAACUAUCUCCUAAAAACGCCACCUCAUAUAUUUUCAAGGGAUUGCAUGAAAUCACGGGAGAGUCUGUAUUCAUCAAGCUUUCUCCAGAUUUUGCUCACGUGGAGCACGCGGCUCGGUUCCUCAAUGACUGGUAUAUCACAUCAGGCCUUAACCCGGCCUCUGAAGAAAUGCUAUGGACUAUUGGGGACGUUGAAUCUCCAAGCAAAACAUCUCCGAGCCCUUCGUGGAAGACACUUGCGGCCGGGUCUCCCGUCACAUUACCGAAGGACUUGCCGGGGAUUUUGUACCCUAUCAAGGAGUUCAAUGUAGAGGAAGAGACCCUCGGCGUAGUGAGGAAAUCCAUGGCAUUGGUUUAUCCUGAUCUAAGUCUCAAGUCCAUGUACGAUUAUUAUUCCGAGAAAAUCAGAGAAAUUCUCCCUGAAAAGACAUCGUUGUGGUCGGGCAGCAUUAUCUCAGGCUUCUCAGAUCAUAGCACGGCUUCGCUGGAAAGAUCAUCGUCAAUACAUGGUUCUGAAAACGGUGACUAUGUGGAGUUGGCGAACAAGGUAAAGCAGCUUUCGAAGCCAUCUUCUCUAGUUGUGGAGAUAUUAAGGGACAUAAUCGAUGCACUAAAGACCUUGUCUUUUGCACACAAGGCAGGAAUAUGUCACAAUGGUAUCACUAGCCAUAGUAUCUUGGUUUCUACGCUCAGACUGAAGGAGCACACAAGCGGACUGAAUGUUUUCGUCAUUGGCUGGGACUUCAAUUUUUCCGUGGCGAUCGAGAGCUCAUCUGAGCUGUACAGGAAAAAGACCAUCAACACUAUUCAAGAUAUGUUCCACUACAUGCCUCCUGAAGGCGUCAAUGGUGGAAUGACAUCUGUGGACUACCGUUCUGACAUUUAUUCGAUUGGUGUUGUGUUAUACGAGUUGAUAGUCGGCUGCCUUCCUUUCCGUUCGGACAACCUUGCAACUUUGCAAAGAAUAAUCAUGGAUCAGAACCCUAUUCAACCCAAAAUUUUGGGGCCCAAGUGGAUCAGUAAUGACCUCAAUUACGUUGUUUUAAAGUGCCUUCGAAAGAACCCAAGCGAGCGGUACUCAAGUAUUGAUCGAUUGAUCGAUGAUUUAAAGCUUGUCGUAAAGAGUUAUUGUGAACCAAUCAGAAAGGAGAAUGGAAAAUUGGCAUUCAAAGAUAUCGUUGCACCCACUACAGAACAAAUCCCUUUGUUCCAUUCUUCGAUAACCAAUUCGAACAAUUCUGAUCCCAGGAAAGCUGCGUUCGAAAUCCUCAAUAAUUCCGAGACGUCAAAGGUGAUUGUUUUACAAGGCGACGCAGGUGUCGGAAAGGCUACUCUCAUGGAGCAAAUUUCUGGUUUGGCACAAAGCAAAGGCAAUUUCAUCGUGAACUGGAGAUACCAUUUUGAAGACAACAAUGUUUCAAAGCAUGCUUCCUCAAUGUUUGCAUUACACAGUAUUACUAGGCAGAUUCUUUCAUCCUCAGAGGAAGUUAUCAAUGAGUGGAGAAAAACCUUCACAACCGAAAUUGAAGUUGAUUUGAGUAUUUUGUUCAGCGCAAUUCCAAGCUUGAAAACUCUAUUAGGUACUCACUACAAAGCUCUACAACAAACUAAGGAUGAUUCGCUGAGCUUUGCUCACAACUCUGGUCCGAGCACACCGGGGGGGCUUGGGGAUUUAUUUACUGAUGGAGUUCAAAGUCAACAUCCAUCCAUGGAGGAGGAGUCACGCGACGCAGGCUUUGAAGAACAAAAGCUUAAUAUUGAACUAAAGUACUCAUUCAUCUUCAAGAAAUUUUUCACACUUGUUGCAAGGAAAGGCCUUACAGUCUUACUUGAAAACCUUCAUUUGUGUACACAAGAUGAAUACGACAUGUUGCGAGAGUUUCUUCAGUUUUCCAGUCAGCUGCCUGACUCAAAACUCUUUCUUGUGGCGUCAUUCGAAAAUGAAGCGGCAACAACAGAAUUUGCUGAAAAAAAUGCAAUCUUUCCGCAAUUUCAAGCGACUACAGAAUCGCUUCUUCUCCCCUUCCAUAUUUUAAAGGUCGAGAGACUAAGCUUUGUGAAGUUUGACAGAUUUUUGGAGAAAUUCACGAGUAAUCCAAAUGAUGCUGCUAUAACCCGAAGAAUUUAUGACCAUGUGGAUGGAAAGCUCCUUUCACUUAAUUACUUGACACGCCUUUUCAGAUUGAAACAUCUUGGAACCAAUUCAUUCUGGGGAUGUCUAGAUCUGGAAAUACAAUCAGGCAAAGCUCCAACGGAAAUAGGACUGAUUAUUUCAGAGUAUUUGAACAUCGCUCUCACGCCCAAGGCACUCAGAUUGUUGAAGUAUGCUGCUGUGACAUGUGUUAAUGGAUAUUUCAGCAUGUCUGACUUAAUGAUUGUGACAGGGAUUUCACUCAAGGAAGUUAAUGAAAUCUUGCUGUUUUGCAUGAAAACUAGACUCAUCGUUCCAACAGGUAUAUGCUAUAAAGUGCCUUUUCAUCUUAUUGCAAGUGAUGACUUUGUUUUCGAGAUUGAAGAUAGUCUUGUGUGGGACUUGGCUACGCGUGCAAGAUACAAAUUUGACCAUGAUGUUAUCAGAAUACACUUAAUCAGAGAGAUGGGGAAAUGUAACGAGCUUAUGGAAGUCCAUCGGGAAUGCGGUUUACAGAUGAAGAGAAAACUUUCCAAGGAAGUAACCGUCAAUAUCACUUCCUAUUUAUUGAUGGUGUCGCAUAUCUACCGAUCAUGUGACGUUGCCAGGGCAGAAGAUUUCAGGCAUUAUAAUGAAGCAUUGAUCACUGGCGGCAGGUACGCCAUUUCAACGUCGAAUUUACCAUUGGCUUUGCGAUAUUUUACCAGUACCAUGAGAUUUGUUCAUAAAGAUGAUAAGAGGCGCAAACUUAAAAUCAUUAUGACACAGGUACAAUGUAACUACCUACUCAAGAACUUUGACGAAAGUAUUCGUCUUAUUCAGCAAGUGGAAGUCAAUAUUGGCAAAGAAAAUCUUAGCUUGGCCCAUUUGAAGGUUUGCUCGUUGUUUAACAUGAAAAAGUACGAAGAUGGAAUGAGAUUGGCGAUCAUCAGUUUGCAACGACUUAAGAUUGAUGUAUCAAACGAUGUGGUUGAGCUGAGAAAGAUUGCCGCGAAAAGUUAUACUCAAUUGCCAUUAUCGGUGAGUGAGAUACGCGACUUGAAAUCAUUAAAAGCUGCCACAAACAAACUGUUUCUCCUCGUGACAUCGUUCAUCAUGGAUAUGAUCAACCCGACUUACAUACUUGAUCUUCCAGAUGUUCGAAUAGCAAUCCUUUCCCAGUUGGUGCAACUUAUGCAUCGUUAUGGUCGCAGCUCUUCUUGCGCGAUACCUUUAUUACAUUUGGCAAAUGUGUUUCUUCAACCUGGCGAGCACAUGAGCACUGUGAAAGCACAAGAGUUGACAGAUGUUGCAUUGGAUACCAUAAACGAAAAUAAGGGAGCAAGUACAGCACUUACUCAGAGCAUAAAUGAGUCCUACUUGACAUUGAUGGGUCAGUUUAGAAGCCCUGUACCUAAAAUAUUAAAAGCGGCAUCUCUGAUUAAUCAAGAACAUGACCCGAAGACAGUAAAUUACUUCAUCGAUAACUGGAUGCUGGCGAACCUGAUGUUUUUAGGGAAUUUGAGAGGCUACGUUAGCUCAGGCUUCAGCUCUAAGAAGAGCGUAUCAUUCUCAAAUGAUAUUGAAAUCCUGAUUUUUAAAUCCAUAGCCGAACUUUGGUGUCUGGAGGAACCGAUCGAAGAAUAUUUGACCCAAGUGUAUUCAGCUUCGAAGGGAUUGAAACCGGAUAUUGAGUUUGUGGCUUUAGCAAAUGCAGUCAUCAAAGCGUCUUCUGAACAAAAUUUUCAACUAGCAUGCGCCCUCAUAAUGGAUAAAGCUUUUGACUUACUGAGAAAGACGCCCGUGUCUAUUCUGCACAUCUGGUUCUACUUUAUAUCUGUUGUUUGCCUCACAAACUGCAACACAUCGGAAAAUAAGAAGGAAAGACUAGAAUUGGCCAAGGAAAUUGAGUCUUACUUUAAAAUUUGGUCAACAACUUGCUAUGUAAAUUUUGGGUCAGAAAUGAAGCUUAUUGAGGCUUGUAUUAAGACACAAGAUUCCAAUGCGUCAGAGUUGACCCUACUUGACUUGUUCGAGGAAGCCAUAGAUGAUGCGCAGAGACAGCAAAAUUGGUUGGCAGUCGCUAUGGCAAAUCGCUUAUGUGCAAAAUGGUUGCAAAGAGUAUCGAAGAGUCAAAAAAGAGCGAACGAGUACGCACAUAGAGCCUUUGCUCUAUAUUCUGCAAUGAACGCUCCCAGUCAAAUCCUGGCCAUAAAGAAAGAUUUUCCAGACAUUUCAGACAACUUUAAUUGGGCUGGAAUUCGAAAGAUGGUCAGUCCUGAGAAACCCAUUAUUGAAAACGCAAAUUUUUUCGAAGGUUCUUCUUAUCCCAAUAAUCGUCAGGGAUCGAAUCUAAGAAUAGAUCCAUCAAUAAAAUCCAUUGAAAAAAAGAAUUCAAAUGAACCUACGAAUAGUGAAUGGACCGAGGCUAUCAGAUUAUGUCUCACUAUAUCUCAAUCAUCAAGUCUUGACUUGAUAGUUCAGACCCUACUAGAAAGCGCUUUGAUGUUUUCAGGGGUCGAUUACGGUGCGGUGAUUUUGAACUUUCAGACAAAGGAGCCCACGAUCAAAGCCAUUGGCACCAAUAAUAGUAUUUUUUUGUUGGAUGACGAACAAUUAGCAACUAGAACUGACUUGGUGCCUUUUAAAUUGGUUUUACAGUGUCUUCUAACGGGUGAAAUAACAUGCAAAGAGAGAAAACUCCUGCUGCAUGAAGAUGACAUGAAUGAGGAUAUUUACUACAGCAACAACCCUUCUUACUCGGGAAUUUGUAUUCCUAUUUCAACCUCUACGGUAAUAGGUGUCAUUUAUCUUGAGAGUCAUUUUCACAGUGGUUCUCCUAAGCUACAGUUCCCAUUGGUCGAGUCUACAAAAAUUGAUCUUUUAUACUUGCUUUGCUCCCAAGCUGCAGUGUCCUUCUCAAAAUCUGUUGUUUACACACAGAUGGAAUUGGCAAAGAAGGCUGCCGAGGAAGCAACUGAGGAAAAAGCGAGUUUUUUGGCUAACAUGUCUCAUGAGAUCAGAACUCCUUUCAAUUCCCUUUUUGCAUGCUCUAUUUUCUUGUUGGAUACGGAGUUGGAUGAUAUCCAAAAAGAAUACGUGGAGACCAUCAAAGAUUCUGCUUUGGUAACCCUCAAUAUCAUUGAUGGGAUUCUUGCAUUCACGAAAAUAGAGCAUGGUUCUUUCACACUAGAAACUGAAGAUUUCUCGAUCAACGACACGAUUGAAAGCGCAAUACUGUUUUCAAGUGAGCAAACUGAAUCAGAUGAGUUGGAGUUCGCGUAUUUCAACAGGUGCCCCCAGAUUGAGACCAUUCAGGGGGAUCCUACGAGAAUUCGCCAAAUAAUAAUCAAUUUGGUUGGCAACGCCUUGAAAUUUACCUCAAAAGGAUAUGUGAAAGUUAUCUUAGAUGCCAAACUUAUUACAGACGCUAGAUACGAAGUUAGCAUCACUGUUGAAGACACAGGUAUAGGAAUUCCGGAAGAUUCGAGAUCUAAAGUUUUUGGAGCAUUUGCACAGGUGGAUGGCUCAUCAAGACGAGUGUACGGUGGGUCUGGUCUAGGUCUUGCGAUAUCAAAUAAGCUUGCUGAGAUCAUGAAUGGGAGAAUUACAUUUACAAGCGAAGAGGGGAUAGGUUCGGUGUUUUGCUUCACCUGUCCUUUUGAAGUGGCUCUUAAUGACAAAACUUCAAAAGUUGAACCCCGUGAUGUCUGUAUUGUCUCAAAUACCAGAUGGAAAAGACUUGCUCUUAGAGAUAUUUUGGAAUACUAUGGGGCGACUAUCGCCUUGUAUGACAGUAUCAAUGAUUUGAUACGAGAGCUGCGAGAGUUUGAGAUUUUGAUCAUUGACAAGAACAUGAUACUCAAUGAUAUAAAGAUCAGGUCAUCCUUGAACUGGAAACGUUCCCUGAUUUACGUUUUGACUAGGUUUGGCCUGAUGCUCUCUGAUCAGAGACUUAAGGAAAUUGAAGCUGAUAGCUUGAUAUUUUCUCCCAUUAAGAGAAAAUCAGUCAGAAAACUUCUCGAGAAUAAUUUCAAUUGGAAAUCACUCCCUGAUAAGGUUGUGAAAACCUUACAAAAACCAAUUAGCUCGGGUCCUGAUGUUGCCAAAUCUGUUCUGCGAGGAAAGUCCGAAGUUGAGGCCGAAAAUGCCAACCCGCUCACAAUCUUGAUUGCGGAGGACAAUCCAGUAAACUUACGGGUUGCACUGCAGCAUCUUAAAAAGUUAGGAUACAUCGCUGAUCACGCAAAAGAUGGUGUUGAAGUUCUCGAGAAGUGCGAGGAAAAGCUAAAGAAGGGUGAGAAAUACGAUGUUAUUUUCAUGGAUAUACAAAUGCCAAGGAAGGAUGGAAUCCAAGCUACACAGGACUUGAGAAAGUCGUAUUUGGAGAGGGGCCAUGCAAAGUUUUUGCCUCAAAUAAUAGCGUUGACAGCGAACGUUGCUGGGGAGGAGAGAAGCAAAUGUCUACACUGCGGGAUGAUCGAUUUUGUGACGAAACCAAUUUUGCCAGCGAAACUUAAGUCAGCUUUGCAAAAGGUCAUUGGAAUUAUGAGAGAAAAUAAUGACUAG